AUGUCCGCAGAUCACCCCGCGAAAAAGCUCAAUAUGUCCACCAUCAAGAUUGGAACGCACAGUGGCCACUUCCACGCCGACGAGUCUCUGGCCGUUGCAAUGCUGAGGAACCUGCCCACCUACGUCGAUGCUGAGCUCGUCCGUACCCGCGACCCUGCUAAGCUUGCCGAAUGCCACACUGUCGUCGACGUUGGCGGCGAGUACGAUGACAACGCAAAGCGCUACGACCACCACCAGCGUGGCUUCGACACCGUCUUCCCCGGCCACAACACCAAGCUCUCGUCCGCUGGUCUUGUCUACCUCCACUUUGGCAAGGACAUCAUCUCAGCCGUCACUGGACUGCCUGAGGGUGCAGACCGCGACCUUCUCUUUGAGAAGAUCUACACGGACUUCAUCGAGGCGUUCGACGCCAACGACAACGGUGUGAACGUCUUCUCGCCCAAGGACGUGGAGAAGGCUGGUAUCCAGAAGCAGUUUGAGGACCGCGGCUUCAGCAUUGCCAGCGUUGUUAACCGCUACAACUACGGCCCUUCUACCGACGACGCCAACACAGAGGAGGAGAAGCAGGCACGCGAGGACCAGCGCUUCGAGACAGCUUCGCGGUUCGUGGGUGAGCAGUUCACCAUUGAGGUCACCGACCGCGCUCAGUCUUGGCUCCCAGCCCGCCACAACGUCAAGGCUGCCUACGACAACCGUCUGCAGUACGACCCCCAGGGCCGCAUCUUGGUCCUGCCUGAGGGUAUGCCCUGGGCUGACCACCUUUACACACUCGAGAAGGAGUCGCAGAUCCCCCAGGGUGUUGCACCUCAGGUCCUGUAUGUUCUCUUCCCUGAGGACAAGCCUGAGGGCAAGUGGCGCAUCCGCGCUGUCAGCAAGGAGAACGGUGGUUUCCAGAACCGCAAGGAUCUCCCUGAUGCGUGGAAGGGUGUCCGUGAUGCCGAGCUCGACAAGGUCUCUGGCAUCGAGGGAUGUGUCUUCGUUCAUGCCGCAGGCUUCAUCGGCGGCAACAAGAACUUUGACGGUGCCCUUGCCAUGGCCAAGAAGGCCCUGGAGUUGUAG